AGGUGACCCCCCAGGAAGGUCUGCGUGGGGCUGUGCCACCACAGUGGCUCCCCUUGGCCGGGGACACGGGCGGGCGCCGUGUUUGCUGAAGGAGGUUUGAGACCAAAUGUCUCUGGGGCUGGGGCUCCUCUGCCAGGCUGUGCCGGCAGGGAGAGGCUGUGACCCACUGGGCUCUGGCUUCCCCCUGGCCAGGAGACCCGUGGGGUGCUGGGCUGGGUGGAGAUGUCUCCCCUCUGUACAUAGUCUGUAUUUAUCAAUAAAGCCUUUUCAUCCUUCCUCUGGCCUUGGGGACAGGCUGGAGGGGGCUGUGACCCAUAGCCACAGGUGGUCCCUGUGCCUGUCCUGUAUCUGCUCCCAUGUCAGAAUGGGCACAGGGUGGUCAAGGUUAGCCUGGACACCCUGGCUCUGCUCCCUAGUGCCACCCUGACCCUGUCCUGCCAGCCCUGGCUGUUUGCUUGCCAGGAUCCUUCCCCUGCAUUGUCCCAUUGUCAUCCCGGCUGCUUCUUAGUGUGGGGUCACCACCUCCUUUUCCUGGUGCUUCCCCUCUGGAAGUUUAAGCUUGUGUCUCCCCUUGAGCUAGGUGGGACAGUCCAUGGAGGGGAACAGUCCCAAGACUACCUUCAUGGCCACCAUGGCCUGCCCUGGUGGAAACAGUGUCCUUCUGCUGUGGGAGGCUGUCACACCCAUGGGACAGGGCACCCCAGGAUGGCCCUAGGAGCUGCCCAAGAGGGUGACAGUGACGUGUAGCUGUCCGUCCCUCCCCCAGCUCCUGUGCUGGUGGACGGUGCCCAGCGCAUUAACUGUCCCAGCACAAGGCAGUGUUGGCCUCACCUUACAAGGGGGGAGUUCUCAGGAGGGUUGAACAAUGUUCCUGCUGCUGGGAAUAGCUGCCAGCUCUGCCUGUUGGCCCCACGUGAGGCCACUCUCCUGCUGCCAGGCUGCCAUGUGCUGUGGGGGAGGCCAGGCAGCCUCAGGGACCCUGGCAGAGCUGCUCAGAAUGUUCCACACCUGAGGUCAUCCUCUAAAGCAGCACAGAGGGGCUGUGACUCCUGGCAUCCCAUGCUGCCUGCUGCUGGCUGAGAGACUUGAGAGGACCCAUUGCCUCCCUUUGGGGUGGGCAGCCCCCCCCCAGGCCCCCACCUUGCCCAAGGUGCCAGGGAACCUCGGGCACUGUUGGUGGCUGCUGCAGCAUCUGAUUGGACAGAGAUGGGAGCCAUGGGAGCAUCUUGCUUGCCCGGGAUGGGUGGCACAGGUGCCAUGCCUAUGGGGUGACCCUGGAUCAUGUCCCUAUUCUGCUGAGCCUCUCUUGACUGGCUGUCACAGGUUCUGCACACCGCAGCUCCCCAUAACAAGCACAGAUGUCCUGGUCAACCCAGGGUGUGUGUGUGGGGGGGGUGUUCUUUAAGAGAGUGUGGGGCUGGAGAGGUGAGUCAGGGACAGAAAGCAGAGGGUGAGCUCAUGGCAAAGCUGCCCCAGUCAUGUGGAGCAGCCACAGCUGUUGGUGCCCUUGGGCUGUGGGACAGAGGGGCCAGCAGCAUAAAGCCCCACGGCCAGCAAAGCCGCCGGCAGCACCGGGAGCCAGGACUGGGAACUCCUGCCCGUGGUAGCAAGAAGAAGAGGACACAUCCAGCACAGGACUGUGCACUGCAGGCAGACAUGGAGCUGGAUGUGGAACGGGCCAAGGAACUCAUAGAGCAGAAGCUGGCAGAGGAGGAGGAGGAGGAGAAACUCAGAGGGGAUGGAGCACGGGAGCCGCCGGCCGUGGAGCGGAUGAACACACCUGAGCUGGAGGAGGAGAAACGCCGUGGGCCCAGGAACUGGGGCCUUGAGGCCAUCAAGGGCCAGGAGAAGGUGCGGAGGAGUUCAGUGGAUCUGAGGCGGGAGAUCAUCGAUGUGGGGAGCAUCCAGCGGCUCAUCGAGCUCCGCAAGCAGCGCCGGCAGCGCCGGGCAGAGCGGGCAGCCACCCCCGAGCCCACUCCACCACCUGAGCCCCUGGAGAUUGAGGGUCCUGUGGAGCCAGAGACCUUCCUGCGAGCUGCUGUCCAGGGCAAGAUGCACGUCAUUGAGAAGUUUCUGGCAGAUGGUGGCUCCCCUGACACAUGUGAUGAGUUCCACCGCACAGCCCUGCACCGCUCCUCGCUGGAGGGACACAUGGAAAUCCUGCAGAAGCUGCUGGACACUGGGGCCACUGUUGACUUCAGGGACCGGCUGGACUGCACUGCCGUGCACUGGGCCUGCCGGGGUGGGCACCUGGAUGCUGUCAAACUGCUGCAGGACCGCGGGGCAGACCUCAACGUGAAGGACAAGCUGCUCAGCACACCCCUUCACGUGGCCACCCGAACCGGACACCUUGACAUCGUGGAGCAUCUCAUCCACUGCGGGGUGGAUAUCAAUGCCCCAGACAGGGAGGGUGACACAGCGCUGCAUGAUGCCACACGGCUCAGUCGCUACAAGAUCAUCAAAACGCUGAUCCUGCACGGGGCUGACAUGAUGGCCAAGAAUGAGGCUGGCAAGACCCCAACAGACCUGGUGCAGCAGUGGCAGGUGGACACACGCCAGGCGCUGGAGACAAAGGAGCAGCCACAGGGGGAGAUGGAGGUCCCUGCAUGAUGGCACCAGGCAGGGACCAGGGGCUGGGCCCAGCUCCAAGGAGCAGGAUCCAGACAAGGCUUGUCUGUGUCAAUAAAAGUCAGCAAAGAGCAGCGUUUGGCUCCAGGUGGCUUUGAGGUUGGGCAGCCUGCACCAGCGUUGAUGGGCCUGGGAAGCUGGGUUAUCCUGGGAGCAGGGUUAUCUGGCAGCAUGAUGAGCCCUGCCUCCUCUCACUAGGACUCAAGUAUUGGUGACACCAAGUGGUUCAAGGGCAGGACUCCUCGCUGCAGGAGUCCUGAUUGCUCACAGUCUUACGAAGUCCCACCUGGGCAAGCUCAGGGAGGAAAAAUUCAUGGACAACAGUUCAACCUGCGUCCAUGUUGUGCUGGAGGCUGGGGCUGUGCCAGAGAGCAGCAGCUGUACCUGUGCUGGACAGCCACUCUGUGGGCUUGGACGGCUUCUUGUCCUUCUGCCUUUCCUGCUGCAGCCGUCCCCAGGGGACAGUGGUCCCUCUGCCCGCAUGCUGAGUGCAGUGCUCACUGCUCCCUACAAGGAAAUGCUCACUCCGGUUUACAGGA